GUCUAGUUUAUUUAUAUUAUGAUGAUCUUGGUAUAGUUCCUCCAUUUAAACAACCAAGAGUUAAAUGUAAAUUUUGUCACACUUGUAAUAAAACUCUCAACAAAUGUGAAUCACAUCUAAAAGUUUGUCCUAAAAUUGAUAAUGAAACUUAUCAAUCAUAUUUUGGUUAUUCAAAAAUAGCAUCUUCACAA